GACAAGAUGGCGGCGCCCAGCAGUUGGUGAGGGACGAGGAAGUCUAACUGACCCCGGCAAGUGGUCGGCAGCUUUUCGCGUUAUGAAUGUCGGCCCCCACACACGUUCCUCACUAGCCUUGACAGGCCAGGUAGGAGCAUGUAUCUGUCACCUAAAAAGAAGAAACAUGCAGCAGACACCUCAUAGACUUACGCAUCUUUUAAAGAAUGUUAAUAAACGGUGGAUUACAUUUCAGCACCUUAAUUUCCUCAAGCACAUGUAUGUAAUGCAGUUGAACAGAAACCUCAACCAGCAAAUAAAACCCAAACCGGAGCCAAGGACACCUCUGUUCCUUGAGAAAACAUCUUCAAGUCAAGCCAAAACAGUUGUUCAUGAGAUCAGAUCAAUUUCACUUCCCAACCUACCUUUGUCUGAAAUUUCAAAUCAGAAGGAGUUGAAGAAAUUAGAAACUACAUCAAUAGUUGAAAGCCUAGGAGGAAUGGGGAGAGAGUCCAAAGAUGAAAAGCAGUGGAAAGAGAUGAAACUACAGUUGGAUGACUUACCAGGAAUUUUGGCCCGGCUAUCCAAAAUCAAACUUACAGCAUUAGUUGUAAGUACAGCUUCAGCUGGAUUUGUGUUGGCUCCAGUACCUUUUGACUUAAACUGUUUCCUGCUUGCCUCUGUUGGAACAGGCCUUGCAUCUUGUGCGGCUAACUCCAUUAAUCAGUUCUUUGAGGUUCCAUUUGAUUCAAAUAUGAGCAGAACAAAGAACAGACCUCUGGUUCGAGGACAGAUCAGUCCUCUGCUAGCUGUUUCUUUUGCUACAUGCUGUGCUAUUCCAGGAAUUGCACUCCUGACAUGGGGGGUAAAUCCACUCACAGGAGUUCUGGGUGCUUUCAACAUUUUCCUGUACACCUGCUGUUAUACACCUAUGAAAAGAAUUAGUAUUGCCAACACGUGGGUGGGAGCCCUUGUUGGAGCCAUCCCACCAGUCAUGGGCUGGACUGCAGCUACUGGUAGCCUUGAUGCUGGAGCAUUACUACUGGGUGGAAUCCUCUAUUCCUGGCAAUUUCCUCACUUCAAUGCUCUAAGUUGGAACCUUCGAGAAGAUUAUUCCCGGGGAGGCUACUGUAUGAUGUCUGUCACUCAUCCUGCCAUGUGCAAGCGAGUGGCCUUCCGCCAUUGCCUGGCUUUAAUUGGACUGUCAGUGAUGGCUCCCAUGUUGAAAGUCACCACAUGGACCUUUCCCAUCAUCUCUUUCCCAAUCAACUUGUAUAUUUCCUACCUUGGUUUUCGGUUCUACAAGGAUUCAGACCGCAUCAGCUCUAGGAAACUGUUUUUCUGUAGCCUCUGGCAUUUACCAUUACUCUUGCUCCUUAUGCUCACUUGUAAGCAAUCAUUUGUUGGGGAAAAUGGAAACUUCAAAGCUGAAAUCAAAUAACUUUUCUAGAAAACUAAAACUAUGGAGUAACAAUGCAUUUUUUAUAUCGGUCAAUAUUGAGUCAUUGAAAGCAUAGUACAGGGGCAGCUAGGUGGCACAGUGGAUAGAGCACCAGCCUUGGAUUCAGGAGGACCUGAGUUCAAAUUCGGCCUCAGGCACUUAACACUUACUAGCUGUGUGACCCUGGGCAAGUCACUUAACCCCAAUUGCCUCACCAAAAAAAAAGAAAGUGUAGUACAGGGAUUAACUGUUUUUAGUGAGUUGAUAUUCUAAAAUAAUCUUCCAUGCUUAUAAAUAAUGCUAUAGUAAUGAAUACAUGUGUAUGUGUAUAUUUGUUUAUAUAUACAUAUAUCCUGAAAUAUAGGCAACUGAUAUACGCAUGGCAUAUGCACAUAUAUUUGUGUAGAUAUUGAUCAAAAAAUUCUCUCUGGGGAAAUUGGUCAGCUUGAAGAAUUAGUAUUUUCAAAGAAUGUCUUUCUUUUACCCAGUGUAACAGGCUACCUUUGGUAAUAAUAAGAGAUGGCAUAUCUCUCUUUCCCCAUCCCUUUUACAUUUCCUUCUCUAAAAGAAUAUGUAUGUAGGUUUUUCCUUUCCCCUUCCAGCCCAUUUUGUCCCCCCCCCCCUUUUUUUUAAACUAACAAUACCAACCUGGCUGAUGAAUGGCGAACACUAGUAAUCUAAUACUGCUAGUUCUGUUUCUCAGGCUUCAAAUGCCUAACAGAUUUCAAUAACUUUGCCCUGUGGCAGAGCAGAAGAUAUUCAGUCCCAUUAUUGUCCUAUGAACAAACCAAAGGCAUUAUUCUUUGUUCCCUAUUUGAUAAAAACCAUCUCCCUUCAAACAAUAAUGGGGGGGGGAUGGAUGGGUUGAUCUACAACAUACAGAGCUAAUCCCGUUUUACUUGGCCAUUUCACAUAGAACUGCCUCACUUCUUCCCACAGCCCCACAAAAUGCACAUUAGCAUUUCAGAAAUUCUGCUGAAGACAAAGGCAUAAGAUAGUAACUUUGAAAAUGCAGUUAUUUUCCAGGGCAAUUCUUGAGUGAGAUCUUGCUGUGGACCUUCAGUGUAAGAAAUCCCUCAUCCUUUGAUCUUAUCCAAGUAAAGUUUUCCUUAUUGUAUCAGUCCUACUCUGUGGAAAAGGUUCUUUCACAUUAUUGUAAAAAUAUUUGGUUAUUGGAAAGAAGUUCCCAUUCUUGUUCCCAAGUUUAUACACACCUACAUGCACAUACAUGCACUUCUGUGAGUUAGUACAUUGUUGUCCUGCUGAGACUAAGUAUUUAUCAGUUGCUUUUAUUUCAUUAUGGCUUUUUAAGACACUACUUCAGAUCUGCUAUGGAGUCCCAUCUGCCAUAAGCUAUAGAAAUUUGGAGUCCAGCAUGGUGGUGCAUGCCUGUAAUCCCUGCCAUUGGGGGAGGCUGAAGCUCGUAGAUCCUUUGAGUUCAGAAGUUCUGAACUACAGUAGGAUUGAUCAAUACCAAUCUUGUGAGCCCCUUGUAGGGGGAAGACCAUUACACUGCCCAAGGAUCGGGAAGCAGGACACAACCCCAAAAUAAUAACAAAAACAGCCAGUUAAAGCUUCUAUGCCAAUCAGUAUCAGGAUCAGACCUGUACGUGUUUACUACAUUUCUAGCCUGGAUGACAUAGUGAGACCCAUUCUCCAAAAAAUAAAAAAUAAAUGGUAAGAUUUUUUAAUUAUUUAGUCUUUAGUGUCAUUGUCACUCAAAGGAAUAUAUUUUGGAGCCUUAAGUAAGUAACAUUUAGACAAUCAUUGUAAAUAUGCCAGUUUUCUCAGAAUUUUCUGAAGUGGUUGCAGAUAAUAUCUGAACCCUGUUAAUAUUUAUUUGAAAUGUUACCUCUCAGCUAUACUUGGGCCAUUUACAAGGAAAAACAUGAACAUAGGAAUUUCUGGAAAGGAAAUCUACAACUUGUUGCAGCUUUCAAAUAUGUUAAAAAAAAAAACCCAAACCUGAUUUUAUUUCUCUUCUGCAGUAAAAUACUAAAUCAGAAUUGUGGUAUAUGUAAUGUAAAAUUAAGUAAAAUAUUUUAUAAUGUGUUUGUACAAUUCCUGGUAAAAUUGGUAACAAUUGAUCCCAUCCUUCAUGAACUAGGAGACAAUUAAAGUAUACUUGUUUUUUUCAAACUAGUCAAAAUGAGUUGGUUGGAUUUUUUAAUAACUGUGCAGAAAAGAAAAUAUGCAAGCAUUGCCUGCUUACUUAAAACUCCUUUUUUUUUUAAUUUAAAACUCCUUUUUUUUUUAACUUAAAACUCCUUUAAUCAAUCCUGCAAAUUUAUGCUAACUUAAUCUUCUUAACGUACUUCUUUAAUUUUGUCACUCACCACUUCCCUCUGAAGUCUUCAGCAACUCCCCAUUGCCUGCCAGGCUUCUUAAGGCCCACCACAGUAUGACUUCAUGCUUCCUUUUCAGCUUUUUCCCACAUCCCUAGCCUCUGUGCAUACCACACCAUAGCCAAACUGGAGUAUUCUUUGUUGCCCAAAACAAUCCUACUUUUUUCUACCCUUCUACCUUUGUUUGUAUCAUUUCCUCUACCUAGAUUGUACUUCCCUCCAACUCUGCCUCAAAUUCUUAAUGAUCUUUCAAGACUCUAGUUAAACCCUGCUUUCUUCAUAGUUUCCUCUCUAAUUGCUCCAACUGGAAAUUAAUUAUCUGUACUUCCUAUUAACUCCAGUAGUUUUUGGUGCCAUUUUUAUAUCCCUUAUAUGCAUUAUAUACAUUGUCACCAUCUUAUCUCCCUUCCUAGACAAUACAUUUUUCAGGGGGAGGAACCCUAUGUGUCUAGCACAGUACCUUUUAAAUGGUAGACAUUCAGUAAAUAUAUGUUGAAAGAAUUAGAAAUUGUUAAAUGUAACUUCCCUUAUCAGAAGGAAAAGAUGUGGGUGGUACCUGAUCCCUAUAUUCUUCUUACCUGAUUUCUAAUACUGGGCCUAAGCCUUCAGGGAAAACUAAAAAUUUAGAUAAUUUUGACUACUUUACCUUAGAUGCAUUCAAUGUGACAAAGCAAUGCUUUUGUUGUUAUUCAGUUGUCUCAGUUAUAGCCAACUCUUCAUGAUCCCAUUUGGGUUGUCUUGGCAAAGAUACUGGAGUGGCUUCCCAUUUCCUUCUCCAUUUCA